AUGUCUUUUAUUAUGCAAAAAUCAAAGACAUGUCAAAAGAGUAAGAAAAAACCUCCACCUCGUCCACCCCCUCCAAAUUUUUCCAAAUAUAAGAGUAAAUCAACUUUUAAUUUAAACGAUAAUCUCAUAGAAUGGAGUCCACCAAGUUCUCCAAAAACGGAAAGAAAUCACAACUUUGGGGGGAGUGUAUCAAGUUCGUUCAGCAGCAGCACAAGUAGUUUAGCAUCUAGUAAAAAAAGCUUUGAGUGUGAUAUAUCAGUUUCUAAUAAUAUAUGGCCUAUUAAUUUGAAUGCUACAAACAGAACCAGUAAUACAGUAACGAAUGUGCCUUUUAACAAUCAGACCACCAAUAAGCCCUCCACUAAUAUAAUGCAAUUAUAUCAAUCUAGCUCAAGAGGCGCUCAAAAGAACCUGCAUACAAUUCAAAUGAGUGUCCCUUCUGUAUUGGGUCCUACCAUAAUACGACCUAGGCCAAAUAAAACAAAGGUGGUAAGAGAACAAAUUGAUGAUACAGCCAUUUCUUUACCAAUGCCUUCAGUUCCACCUCCAAGUCCUCCUAAAAAUGUCGAUAAUGAAGAUAUACCCUGUGGGGUAGCUUUGUAUGACUUUGAAGCAAAGGAACCAAAUGAUUUAUCCUUUCAAAUGAAUGAUAUAAUUUUAUUAUUAAAAAGAAUAAACAAUGAUUGGUACUUUGGAAGAAACCAAGAUAGAGAAGGGAUUUUUCCUGCCAAUUUUAUUGAAGUAAUAGUGCCUUUAACUGACAAUGAUAAUACUGUGAUGGCUUUAUACGAGUUUCCAGCACAAAUCAAUGAAGACUUAGCACUAAAACCUGGUCAACUGGUAAAAGUUAUCAGAAAAAUUAAUAAUGAUUGGUUGUAUGGGGAAUCAAAUGGGCAAACUGGGCAAUUUCCCAGCAACUUUGUAGACAGGAUACCAAAUAUUUAA